UACAAAUUUCUGUUCAAGAUGCCGUUUGAAGUUCCUCCCUGGGAAGAUGGAGCCGAAAUAAUUGACUUUAUGCCGAUGACCUCGGCAGGAAACGGAAUUGGUGCCACAAAGAAGUCGAAGAAAAAAAAACCUAAGAAGAAGAAGUCAAAGGCGGCAGCUGAGGCGGAGACUGCCACGGCUAAUGGCGGAUUUCGCUACAGACCUGGUGGAGGACCCUUGGCUCCGCCAGCAGACACCUCGUCCGACGAUGAGGCAGAUGACGAAAUGCGGGCCAUGCACAAAGUGCGAUCUGGUCGCGUGGAAAAGCAGCGUCCUCCUGUUCAAACGACAAAAGGUGGCAAGAAACAACUGGGACUCAAGCCGGAGCUGGCGCAGGCUGCACUGGAGGCAAUGGAAGUGACGCCGGCAACCGCUGAGGCGGCACCUUCGCUGGCAAACAAGCUCCAGACGGAGCUCCUGGGCGGACGCUUCCGAUACAUCAAUGAACAACUCUACACAAUGAACAGCCACAAGGCGGAGGCCAUGUUCCGCUCAGAUGCCUCCGCAUUCGAUGCCUACCAUGCCGGCUACCGACAGCAAGUGGAAAAGUGGCCAGCGAAUCCGCUAAAUCGCAUCAUCAAGACUGUUAAACGACUGCCCAAGACGACAAUCAUUGGCGACUUUGGCUGUGGAGAUGGCAAGCUGGCCCAGUCCUUGCCCAACAAGGUAUUCUCUAUGGACUUGGUGGCAUCUCGAGGCGACAUCAUACCGUGCAACAUUACGAAUACACCGCUGGAACCACAAUGCCUGGACGUGGCUGUCUAUUGCCUCUCGCUCAUGGGUACCAACUUAAACGACUUCUUUCUGGAGGCAAACCGUGUGCUCAAGCUCCAUGGAAGCGUCUACAUUGCGGAGAUUCAGUCGCGCUUUGAGGAUGCCCGAGACUUCGUUCGUAGCGUCGGCGCCUGCGGUUUCGAUCUCGUCAAGAAAGAUGUGGCCGUCAACUACUUCUACUUCUUCCACUUCAAGAAGAUGCGGCAUGUGGACAAGGCAGUCAAGCUAAAGCCGUUCUCUCUAAAGCCUUGCCUCUACCGCAAGCGAUGAGGACAAAGGUAAAAAGUGCAUACAUUAAUUAAAUGUAGAAAAUAGAAAGGCGUAAUAAAAUUCAAACUUGUAAAUCCAAUCA